ACUCGCCGGGGAGCAGGUAAACGGACGGACCGGAAGGGCCGGGCGGAGCUGGCGGACGGACGGGAAGUGCGGUGACGUAGGGAGGAGGCCCGGUGAUGGAGUCCGAGUGUGUGGCCGGAGAGCAGGGCGGCGGCGGCGGCGGCGGGGAGAAGCGCCUACGAUCCGAAGAGGAGGAUGGCGAGGAGGAAUACAUUCCCUAUAUUCCUGUUAAACAGAGAAAGCAGCAGAUGAUGGAGAAGCUGGCGCGGAUGAGGAGGAAAGGUGUCGUGGAUGAUGACCAGGACAGCGGCAGUGACUGCAGGGAGGAUGAUGGUGAUGGCCCACUGGGACCACGGUCCAAUAUCAGCCUGCUGGACCAGCAUCAGCAGCUGAAGGAAAAGGCAGAAGCACGCAAAGAAUCCGCUAAAGAAAAACGACUGAAAGAAGAGGAGAAAAUACUGGAAAGUGUUGCUGAAGGCAGAGCUCUGAUGUCUGUGAAGGAAAUGGCAAAGGGUAUAACCUACGAUGACCCAAUCAAAACCAGCUGGAACCCACCUCGGUACAUACGGUCCAUGCCUGAAGCUCGCAACGAGCGAGUGCGGAAGAAAUACCACAUCUUGGUGGAGGGGGAAGGUUUGCCGUGUCCUGUUAAACAUUUCAAAGAAAUGAAAUUUCCACCAGCAAUUUUGAAAGGCCUGAAGAAGAAGGGAAUUUUACAUCCAACUCCUAUUCAGAUCCAAGGAAUUCCAACUGUUUUGUCAGGGAGGGACAUGAUUGGGAUUGCAUUCACUGGCUCUGGCAAGACUCUGGUGUUUACCCUGCCCAUGAUCAUGUUCUGCCAGGAGCAGGAGAAAAGGCUGCCCUUCUCCAAGAGAGAAGGUCCAUAUGGGCUCAUCAUCUGUCCAUCUAGAGAAUUAGCAAGACAGACCCAUGGGAUUAUUGACUAUUACUGCCGCUUGCUGCAAGAGGAAGGCUUUCCCCAGCUCCGCUGUGCACUCUGCAUUGGUGGCAUGUCCAUCAAGGAGCAGAUGGAGGUUGUCAAACAAGGUGUGCACAUGAUGGUCGCUACUCCUGGACGCCUGAUGGAUCUCCUGCAGAAGAAGAUGGUCGGCUUGGACAUCUGCCGCUACCUGGCACUGGAUGAAGCGGACAGGAUGAUCGACAUGGGUUUCGAGGAGGACAUCCGCACCAUCUUUUCCUACUUUAAGGGCCAACGUCAGACUCUCCUCUUCAGUGCCACGAUGCCGAAGAAGAUCCAGAACUUUGCCAAGAGUGCCCUGGUGAAGCCCAUCACCAUCAACGUGGGUCGGGCUGGAGCCGCCAGCCUCGAUGUGAUCCAGGAGGUCGAAUAUGUGAAGGAAGAAGCUAAGAUGGUUUACUUACUGGAAUGUCUGCAGAAGACUCCACCUCCGGUGUUGAUAUUUGCAGAGAAGAAAGCUGACGUGGAUGCCAUCCAUGAGUACCUUCUUUUGAAGGGUGUGGAAGCUGUCGCCAUACACGGAGGGAAAGACCAAGAGGAGCGGACUAAGGCCAUCGAGGCGUUCCGGGAGGGUAACAAGGAUGUGCUGGUGGCAACUGAUGUGGCAUCAAAAGGCUUGGACUUCCCAAAUAUUCAGCAUGUGAUUAACUACGAUAUGCCUGAGGAAAUUGAGAAUUACGUUCACAGGAUUGGACGUACCGGGCGAUCAGGGAAAACCGGCAUAGCAACAACUUUCAUCAACAAGGCUUGUGACGAGUCAGUGUUGAUGGAUCUAAAGGCCCUGUUACUGGAAGCUAAACAAAAGGUCCCACCUGUUCUGCAGGUACUUCAGACAGGAGAUGAAACCAUGCUGGAUAUCGGAGGUGAACGAGGCUGUACAUUUUGUGGUGGUUUGGGCCAUCGUAUCACAGACUGUCCAAAACUGGAGGCCAUGCAGACGAAGCAGGUCAGCAACAUUGGCCGCAAGGACUAUCUCGCUCACAGCUCGAUGGACUUCUAACCUCUGCCAGACAAAGUGCAGCCGGUGGCUCCGGAAUCGCAUUCGUACAACACCGAGAGACUAGGAGCUGACCUGUGAUACUGUGAUCAGCCCUGUUUUGUCUCGAAGCGGAUUUGCCUGCAGAUGGUAAAAGGGAGCAGUUUGCUGCUGCAGAGCAGCUUGGUCCGUCCUGAGUGGCUUGGUACAGUGAUGAACAUUUGACCAAACCUUGUUAAAUAUCUACCUGCAAGAUGAUGGGGACUUCAGUGAAUGGGGCACGACUCACACAGUCCUCAGUAACUUGGUGCUCUGGGUUUGGUAAUAACCUGAGCUAAAAUGUACAUAUGUGUGAAAAUAAAUGCUGUUUUGAAAUAAUCUGCUUAGCGUCUCCCCGGCCUUCUCACAAUCUCACACCUUCUCCAGCAGUUUCUUGGAAUGCAGUCCCUGGCUGCUACCUUCCACUGCAAACUUUCUUUGCUUCCACAUUGACGUCCAAUAGAGUGGAAGACCUCUGUUACUACAACGGAGACUCUUCAUUCCAUCCCCAGCCCACCGAGCCAAACUUCCCCUUCCACUGUGUCCAUCAUUUGCAUCAUUUCCCUCUUGGUGUCCCUCCUCUUGGAGCUUGGACAGAACAAGAGGGGAGAUGAUGUCCCUUAAUUUUAGUUUACCUUGUUGGCAACCCAAUUUCAUACAACAGUCCAGGAGUGACCAUAAUCCCACAUCAUACUCUCUCUGCCCUGUAAUUCCAUGAAAGGGAGGGUAUUGAGGGGCAUUCCCCCCCCCCCCCCUCACCUCCCAAGUCUUAAUGGCUACCUUUGCUGAGAGGCAUGGAGAAUGGUCCACAUUUACCAAGGUCUCAUCGUGAACCUUUCUUGUUGAAGGGGUGGAGGAUGCAAUGGUGUACAACUGGAGCAGGUCAGAAAAGGAUCUUUGUAUUGAGAGUAAAGCCCAAUCUCUCAUCUACUUUGCCCAAGUCAAAAAAAGAGUCAAGGGCUGAGUAACUUGGAGCUCGGGCUCUGAAUGUGUGUACACAGGUUCAUCUGUGCACGGUAGAUUGACGGCUGAAGUUAAAUAGACCUUGGUUGUGGAGCGGAGGUACCGGAGAUUGAACAAUUUUCCACUUAGCCUAUAAAUUAGCUCCACUCCGGCGAGAAGCUUGUUUUGAGUGAGGUGCAAUAUUGGGGCAAGAAAGAUUGCACUGGCACAUCCGUGGUUGACCCCUGUCUCCACUCCAAUUGGGUCUGUUGCAGAACGGUUAGUUGGGAUCAUGACUUGAAUGCCAUUGUACGGCAGUCAAGAUCAUGCUCAUUGUGGAUGUAAUUCACAAUCCAAUCCAUGGAGCUGCUUCCCUAUUAGGAGGAGCUGAUUGAGGAGGGUCCUGCCAAUGACCUUCCUGUAGCUGACAGCAGAGAGAACGCCGUAGUCACCACAACCCUGAAGGGUCUCACAACAACCUGAGGUGCCCUGCGUAUCCUCCUCCUCCCACACAUGGGAGAUAAGGUUUUAAAUUUGUGGCUGAAGUUUCCCUCUCCCAAGUCCUAGAACUUCAGUAGGGGAUGCCAUCUGCCGUUAACAAGGCCCUGUUAAUUUUUUGGGUCAGGCAGCAUCUAUGGAGGGAAAUGAACAAUUGCAGUUUCAGGUCGAGACCCUUCAUCUGGACUGAAAGAUAGAGGGGAGAUAGCCAGUAUAAAGAGGUGAGGGGAAGGAAUGGAG